AUGGAAUCGAUAACAAUAGAAUCAAAACCAUGCGAAAACCUCGUUGGCUUCUCGACCGCUCAACCAGGCCUCUUCAAACGUCAUCAGCUUCUGCCAGUGCGCGACCUCAAGCUUCUGGUUCGAGAUUAUACUCCAAUCGCGAAGAAUGCGCUCACAAUUCUCAUCAAUAUCUCUUCUGAUCAGGAAGUAUUGGCAAAUCUUGCAGAAGAUGACGCGUUCUUAGAGACUCUCAUGGUGAAAAUAACGGUGAGUAUACUGACCUCUUCUCCCUGCAACGAUGAGGAGAUCGGUGCCUAUGCUGACAACACGGACAUCCUGAAGGACGUCAAGGAACCAAUUGCGGAUGACAUUGCUAUGCUCUUCGCCAAUCUCGCCAAGUCAGAUAAAUUGAGCCGGCUCAUUGCGUUAAAACGGAGGACAGCCGAAUCCGUUUCCACAUCUACUAUGGCGAUCGAUCAAUUGAUGGAUUGUUUUGUGAAAGGUGCUGAGGGUGCUUUAAACAAGAAGGCCAAUUUUGAUUAUCUCUCAUACUUAUUCGCGGAUCUCUCCAAAUCUGAAGCAGGGCGCGCAUAUUUUACCACCCGACAGGAUUAUGAUGGUGUUGUCCCUGUCACUAAAUUGACUGUCUUCACUGAGCAUGAAAGCGCAGUUCGGAGAAAGGGGGUUGCGUCAACGAUUAAAAAUGUCGCUUUCGAAAUUCCGUUUCACUCGACUCUGCUCUCGGAAGACGAAGCCAAUCUACUUCCUUACGUGUUACUGCCGAUCACAGGGCCGGAGGAGUUCAGCGAGGAAGAGUCGGUGGCAAUGUUGCCGGACCUGCAGUUGCUAUCCCCCGAUAAGCAGAGGGAUAGUGAUAACAGCAUCAUUGUAACGCAUCUUGAGACAUUAUUACUGCUGACAACGACACGAGAAGGUCGGGACAAGAUGAGGGCGAUCAAUGUGUAUCCGAUCAUCCGGGAAUGUCAUCUCCAUGUUGAUGAUGAGGAUGUGCGCGAAGCCUGUGACAGGCUAGUCCAGGUGCUGCUGCGUGAUGAGGAGGGAGAGGAAAAACCCAGCCAAGCUCAAAUUGAAGGCACAGAUCCUAGCUCUUCUGAUGCUAUUCAUGUACAGCAAGGGUCUGCACAGAAUGACGAUGAAAAAGUUGUGGAAUUGUUCUGA